AUCGACUUAACACACCUUUUUUAGAAAUGGAAAUGGAAAUGGAUUUGUCUCUUGUCUGAUUUUUUUUGAGAAUGCAAUGUGAAGUUGAGCAAUCUUAGUGGAACUAAUAUAAAUUAGUAUUACUUUUGUGUCAUGUCGAAUUGUAAAAGUUUCUCAAAAAAUUUUGAGCUUACUCGCCGAUUAAAGUCAAGAUAAAAAAUACGGAAUGUAGUUCGUUAAAUGCAAUACAUUAAAUAUCUUGAUCGAUUGGAUUGCAAAACAAUCUGUGAUUGACAAGACUGCGAAUGUGAAUAGUUUGUGAAACGAAGAGACACCGGCAAUGUGGAUCCUCUGUAUACUGAUUGGACUUUUCCAACUUGUAAUUCUAUUAAUGUUGUCUGGUAUCCUGUUUUCCGUUGCUGCCGUUUCGCGUUUGAUGGAAAUAACAAUUAUCCUAAUAUAUCCCACAGCCGUAUUUUUAUUACGGCAAGCCGCAAAUUUAAUCAUCCUUCUCACAAUCCUGACGGCAAGAAUGACAUCCUCGGCGUUUCACAAACUAUGCACUCUUGUUAACUGCAAUCAGCAGCAAGAAACGAUUUCUCAACAAGAAUCAUUGGGAGCUGCUCAGCUGCAGCUCGACAUGCAAACUCCUUUCGUACCGUAUAAAAGUAGCGUCCUUGAAGAAAUACCACAAGAUAUUUUGCCUUUAAAAGACGAAUUUUCUGCUGUUUCAUCAGCAAACAACGGUAUUAUCGAACCUACGCAAGAUCAAUCACAGGAUAAUAGCUUAAUCGAAGAAUCAACUGCACGCAAAGAUACCACUGAUUCCGCUACCUACUAAUGAAAAAAAGGAUGAUCAGGGGAAGAGAAUUAUUUGAGAAUUAUUUGAGAAUUAUUCGUACGAAAUAAUUAAUUUUAUUUAUACAAACAAUUUAUAUAAACAUGAAAUAUAUUUUAUUGAGAAAUA